AUGGACCAGGAAUUCAACGCCCUUUUACACAACGACACUUGGAAGCUUGUACUGGAUGAGCCACACAUGAAUGUGGUUGGUUGCAAGUGGGUGUUCCGCACCAAACGUAAUGCCGAUGGUUCUAUAGAACAAUACAAGGCUCGUCUUGUUGCGAAGGGGUUCAAUCAAGUUGCAGGCGAUGAUUUUUUCGACACUUUUAGCCUUGUGGUCAAACCGACCACCGUCCGCCUUCUGUUCUCUCUAGUUGUGUCACACAACUGGACUCUACGACAACUGGAUGUGCACAAUGCCUUCUUAAAUGGACAUUUAGCUGAGACGGUAUACAUGAAACAGCCACCGGGGUUUCUUAUCCUCCAAGACGGAUGUUUCCCUAUUCCACUACUCUGCUGGCACAUCCCGGGUAUACCUGCUUGUCGCCGUUAUAUGAAGGAUAUUCUGAACCGCGCUGGCAUGUCUGAUUGCAAACCGUUGGCCACACCGGCUGCUAUUACUCAACCUGUAUCACCCUCCGAUCAACCAUACGACAACCCAACUCAGUACCGGCGCCUCGUUGGAGCACUCCAGUACCUGACUAUCACUCGGCCGGACCUAUCCUACGCUGUCAAUCGCAUGUGUCAGUCCAUGCAUUCUCCAACUAAUGAUCACUGGGGUCUUCUGAAACGGGUUGUGCGGUAUAUCAAGGGCACCCUCGACUAUGGUUUACGCCUGUCUGUCUCUGCCUCCUCCGCCAUCCAUGCCUUUUCGGACUCGGAUUGGGCCGGGUGCCCGGCCGACAUGAAAAGUACGAGUGGGUAUGAUGUUUUCUAA